AUGGAAUGUUAUCCCGAGACUGCAUCCUCGAUCAAGAAUUCCACCUGCGUCCUCGCUCCAGAAGUCACACCUGGUCCCUACUAUCACACUUCGGGUCACCCCAUCCGGAACAGUAUGGCAGAGUGGCAAUUGGGUCUGCCUUUCGUGAUGAAUGUUGGCGUCAUCGACGUAGAGACUUGCAAGCCGGUACCCAACGUUUUGGUAGACUUGUGGCACGCCAACGCAACCGGUUUCUAUGCCGGUCACAAUCCCAAGCCUAAAGAGGUCGUCGCACAGCCCGCUACGUCUGGCAUCAGGCAAGGCCUGUUGCCCGCUUUCAAACGGACGGAUGACACGGCCACUUGGCUCAGAGGUGCUUGGCCCACGGAUGGAAAUGGUGUAGCUCAAUUCACUAGCGUCUUUCCUGGCUAUUACACUGGUAGAGCGACGCAUGUCCAUCUCAAGGUUCAUCCAGAAUGGAGAACCUUGCCCAACGGUACGUUUGAGAGCCGUAGGCUUGUGCACACGGGCCAAUUCUUCGUGGACGAUCUGCUGAACGAGGAGAUCGACAAGGUGAGUCUGAAAAGAUGAUUUGCUCGAUGUUGAGAUACGCACUCUUUGAGCAUGACGUACGAUCCGACGCUGCGCUAAUCCGAUUUGCCCUCCCCGCGCGCGACAGCUUCAGCCCUACUCCGAGAACCCUAUCCGGCACCUAUCCGGAAGAGGUCGCACGCGCAAUUGGGAAGACUCUUUGCACAUUUUCGACGAGGCUCAUCGAGGUGGCUACAUGCCCACAUUCGACAUUGAGCCCCUGGGCAUGGUUCUCUCGCAAGGUCUGGUCGGCUUCGUCACCGUCGGUGUCAACAUGAGCGCAAACUUUGAGAGCGUCUGGCACCCCAACAUGGGAACGCCUGACCCAGUCGUCGUGCCCAAAAAAGAAGGCCCUAGGAGCGUCGAGCUCUGA